AUGUCUUCUUCAAACUUGUUAUUUUUCUCUCUGGCUCUACUAAUCAUAACACUCUCCCACAGACAAAAUUUCAGUUCUGCUUCUUUGGAGGAAGCCAAUGCUCUUUUUAAAUGGAAAACAAGCCUUCAAAUCCCCAGCAACUCCUUGCUCUCUUCAUGGAUUCCCCUCCCUUUAAAUUCCAGUGCAUCAGUUCCAUGCACUUCUUGGAUUGGAGUAGUUUGCAAUGCUGAUGGGAGCAUUCAGAGGUUGAACCUCACAUCAUCUGGAUUAAAGGGUACGCUUCAUCGAUUUUCAUUCUCUUUGCUACGCAAUCUUACGCAUUUUGAUCUCAGUCUAAACAACUUCUUUGGCCCCAUCCCACCAGCAAUAAGACACUUGUCCAAACUUAUCCAUCUUGAUUUUUCUAAGAAUAUGUUUUCUGGAGUAAUCCCACCUGAAAUAGGAACCCUGCACCCACUAACCAUCUUGUACCUAUACUCAAACAAUAUAUCUGGUCCCAUUCCUAUUGAACUUGGGAAUUUGAAGUCUCUCACCGAUCUUGCUGUAAGCCACAAUCAACUUAGUGGUUCUAUUCCUUCAUCAUUGGGUAAUUUGACAUCUUUAAAUCUCCUUUAUUUGUACAGAAAUCAACUCUCUGGUUCUAUUCCUAUUGAACUUGGGAAUUUGAAGUCUCUUGCUGAUCUUCAGGUGAGCCACAAUCAACUUAAUGGCUCUAUUCCUUUAUCUCUAGCAAACCUGAGUAACCUACAAUUUCUGUACCUAAGUGAGAAUAAAUUAUCUGGUCACAUUCCUAUUGAACUUGGGAAUUUGAAGUAUCUUGCUGAUCUUGAGGUGAGCUACAAUCAACUUAAUGGCUCUAUUCCUUCAUCAUUGGGUGAUUUGACAUCUUUGAAUGUUCUUUUUUUGCAAAACAAUCAACUCUCUGGUCCCAUUCCUAUUGAACUUGGGAAUUUAAAGUCUCUCAUUAUUCUUCAUGUGAGCACCAAUCAACUUAGUGGCUCUAUUCCUUCAUCACUGGGCAAUCUGACAUCUUUGAAUUUCCUUUAUUUGUACAGAAAUCAACUAACCGGCCCUAUUCCUAUUGAACUUGGGAAUUUGAAGUCUCUCACUGAUCUUCAGGUGAGCCACAAUCAACUUAAUGGCUCUAUUCCUUCAUCACUGGGCAAUCUGACAUCUUUGAAUGUCCUUUAUUUGCACCAAAAUCAACUCUCUGGUCCCAUUCCUAUUGAACUUGGGAAUUUAAAGUCUCUCACUGAACUUUUCAUGAGCACCAAUCUGCUUAGUGGUUCUAUUCCUUCAUCACUAGCAAACCUCAGCAACCUACAGACAUUGUACCUCCAGGGGAAUAAUUUAUCUGGUCCCAUUCCUAGUGAACUUGGGAAGUUGAAGUCUCUCACUCGUCUUUCGGUGAGAGUAAAUCAGCUUAGUGGUUUUAUUCCUUCAUCGUUUGGUGAUUUGACAUCUUUAAAUCUCCUUUAUAUGUCUUACAAUGAGCUUGCUGGUCCCAUUCCUAGUGAACUUGGGAAGUUGAAGUCUCUCACUGAUUUUCAGAUGAACAACAAUCAAAUUAGUGGUUCUAUUCCUCCAGAGUUUGGAAAUUUAACUCAACUAAGAAGACUUAAUCUGUCUUCAAAUCGUUUGGUUGGUGAGAUCCCAAAGAAGUUUGGGAAGAUAAAAAGUAUGUUGGAACUGUACUUGGCUGGCAACCAACUUUCAGGCGUUAUACCUCUGGAGCUUGGAAUUUGUGAACUCCUUGAAGUAGUCGAUCUAUCCAAAAAUAGAUUGAAUGGGUCGAUUCCAACAAGUAUUGGUCAAUGGGCACAUAUCCACUACUUGAAUCUUAGUAAUAACAAGCUCAGUGAGAAAAUUCCCUCCCAGAUUGGUAAAUUAGUUCAGCUCACAGAACUUGAUUUAUCUCAGAAUUUUCUCAUAAAAGAGAUACCAUCUGAAGUUCAAAGUCUGCAAAGUUUGAUAAAAUUGGAUCUUUCUCACAAUAGACUAUCUGGUUCUAUUCCUGAUGCUUUUACAAGUUUGCCUAACGGGAUUCAUAUCAACCUUUCUUUCAAUAAGCUGUCAGGUCCAAUCCCCCCUUGUGCUAACUUUGUGAAUGCGUCCAUAGAAAACAAUCCAGAUUUGUGUGGGAAUGUUACGGGAGUGAAACUUUGUCCAAGUCAAACUAUGAAGAAGAAAAAUGAUCCCUUUCAUCAUAAGCUUAUCCUUGUAAUUAUGCUCCCUCUUAUCGGGUCUGUUUUACUUGGUGUAUUCACGUACCGCCUCAUUGCUUAUCAACAACGAAAGAAAAAGUCUCCACAAAAACCAUCGGAUGAAGAAAUCGGUGAUUAUUUCUCUAUUACAAGUUUUGAUGGAAAAGUGGUGUAUGUUGAUAUCUUGAAAGCAACAAAUGAUUUCGAUGAAGCAUACUGCAUUGGGACCGGAGGAUAUGGUAUAGUUUACAAAGCUGAGCUACAACCUGACCAUGUGGUAGCUGUCAAGAAACUACACCCAUCAUCUGAGAAUGUUGAUCAUAAUGGAUUCCUUAAUGAGGUACGAGCAUUAACGAACAUAAGGCAUCGAAACAUAGUGAAACUCUAUGGAUAUUGCUCCCAUGUCCGCCACUCAUUUCUGAUUUAUGAAUACCUUGAAAAUGGAAGCCUUGAAUCAAUCUUAAGAAGCGAUGUCUUGGCAAAAGAAUUGGAUUGGUUGAAAAGGGUAAAUAUUGUAAAGGGUGUAGCUAAUGGUUUGGCUUAUAUGCAUCAUGACUGCUCACCACCUAUAACUCAUAGAGACAUAUCCAUAGCCAACAUCCUUCUUGAUUCUAAUUAUGAGGCACAUAUUUCUGAUUUUGGCACAUCCAAGAUUUUAAAGCUCGAUUCAUCCAACUGGACUGCAAUUGCUGGCACCUAUGGUUACAUCGCGCCAGAGCUUGCUUAUACGAUGGUGGCAAAUGAGAAAUGCGAUGUGUAUAGCUUUGGAGUUGUUCCAGUAGAAGUGAUAAUGGGAAAGCAUCCAGGAGAUCUCAUAACAUCUUUACCAACAUUGUCUGAUGAUGAUGAUUAUUUGGUGCAAGCAAACGUGGGAGAUAGUCGGAUACAUCCUCCCUCAUCCCAAGUUGAGAAACAAGUUAAGUUGGUUUUGAGUCUCUCAAGAGCAUGUUUGAACUCCAAUCCACAUGAAAGACCAACAAUGCAACAAGUUUCAAAUCGGUUAACGAAGGAUCUGCUUUGAAUUGACAUCUCUUGCUUGAUCAAUAUAUUCUACUUUCAGUGUUCUUUUUACUUUUCUUAAGUUCCCUAUAUAUAUGCAUCUUGUCAAUAUGUAUUCAUUUGAAUAGCUUUUUGUUAAGAAACUUCACAUAUGUUUGUGAACAAAUAAGUAAAUGCAAAUUACUAUGCUUCUAAAAACUGACUACUGGAAACCAAGGACAACACCAUCACAAA